AUGACACUCGCGAACUCCCCAGAGCUGCAGGAGCGUCUGCUGCCGCCGCCGAAGAAGAGCUUCAAGACGCGCAGAAUGCCGCUCGUGCCCUACGCCAUCGGCAUUCGGGCCGCGCCCAUCGUGGCCACGACCGUCGUCAUCGCCACGCUCGUCACGUGCGUGUCCGUCGCCAAGGCCAAGGACAUCUACCUAGGCGGCCUGGCGUAUCCCUACUUCUCCGACACGGGCAGAGACUCUCCCGGGUACACGAUCUUCUGUGUGGGGCUGACGACUGUGGCCAUUGCUCUUGUGCUCACGUGGCUUACCAACUACGAGUUCCAGCGGGAGUUGAUGGAGAGGGAGGCCCGGGACAACACGGAGAACCACUACCCGGCGUCGAUCCGCAAGUACUGCGAGGUGGUUCGCGUGCUGGGCGUCCUCUCCACGGUUGGGCUGCCGAUACUGGCGUUCUUUAGCACGACGAGCUAUCCAAGCGUUCACGCGUAUGCUGCCUACUGGUUCUUUGUGCUGGAGGCGAUUGCUCUGGUCGUCAAUACAAUUGCCAGCUUUAAGCUGGCGCGCCUCACAAGUGCCGGCAACCCGUACUUCACAUCCGGCGACUCGGAGGUGCAGCCGUCCUCUUCGAACGUGUUCAACCCGUGGAAUGACUCAAAGUCGUCUACGAAGCGCACGUUCUACAUUCAGGUGGUCUCCACCACGUUGUUCUGGAUCGCCUUCCUGCUUUAUAUUCCUAUCGGACUGGCACUCAUCGACGAGUUCCAGCGUCUCACCAUCGCAGACUGCCUGGAACUUGACCUUGGAGAGAAGUACUGCACGGACACAAUGAAGCUCAACGACACAGACACUGUGCUAUGGAACUAUGAAGCCCCGGGAUAUUCCAUCUUCUGCGCAGGGAUGACGAUCGUAGCGGCUGCUCUCGUAGUGACGUGGUGCGCCAACUAUCAGUACCAGAGGGAGCUGAUGAAAACGUGUUCAGGAAAUACCGAGAAGCUUCACGCGGCAAAGACGCAGAAAUACUGCAAAAUCGUCCGCGUGUUGGGGGUUAUCUCGACGUUUGGUCUGCCCUUGCUGGCGUUCUUUAGGACGACGAGCUACCCGAAGGUCCACGCAUAUGCCGUCUACUGGUUUUUCUCCCUCGAGGCAAUCGCGCUGGUACUCAAUACCUUCGUCAGCUUCAGGCUAGUGCGUCUCAUCGGUGCUGACGAAUCGUACUAUACGUCGGAUGAAUCUGAGGCUCCAUCGGCUGUGAAGGCUCCGUGCAAGAGCAUCAAGCGCACAUUUUACAUCCAGUUGGCUGUGACGAUGUUGUUCUGGAUCGCCGUUUUGCCCUUGCCAAUUGGCCUGAUACUCUUUGGAGGGGCUAAUGGAUUCCACCCGCUGACCGUUCAAGACACCUUUGCGAGCUUCGAACUUUCUCGUGCCAACAAGAUCUUGACGCUGUUUCUGGUUGCAUUCCUGCUCUAUAUCCCCAUCGGAUUCGCGCUCGUGUCCGAUUUCCGAUGA